ACCCCUACAAGUCCCUGAACAAGCAACAGAAGAGCAUCGCUGCCAUGGAGAGCGAGAUGGCAGCCCUGUCCCGGUCAGCCGGGCUGUUCGAGGUGUCGGUGCCGACGUACAAACAGCUCAGAGCGUGUCACCAGGAGGUUCGCCUGCUGAAGGAGCUCUGGGACAUGAUCAUCCUGGUUAACACAAGCAUCGAUGACUGGAAGACCACCAGGUGGAAGGACAUCAACGUUGAGCAGAUGGAUAUCGAUUGUAAGAAAUUCGCUAAAGACAUUCAGAGCUUGGAUAAGGAGAUGAGGAGCUGGGACGCGUUCACAGGGCUGGACAACAGCGUGAAGAACAUGAUCAGGUCCCUGCGCGCCGUGAACGAGCUGCAGAACCCGGCCAUCCGCAACCGGCACUGGCAUGUUCUGCUCCAGGUGAACUUCACCAUGUCCGAGGACACAACGCUUGCGGAUCUGCUGCAGCUGAACCUGCACAAGUUUGAGGAUGAGGUUCAAGGCAUUGUGGACAAAGCCGUGAAAGAGUCGGGGAUGGAGAAGGUGCUGAACGCCCUGGACACGACCUGGGCAACGCUGCGGUUCGAGCAUGAGCCCCACGCCAGGACCGGCAUCAUGCUGCUCAAGUCGGAUGAGGCACUCAUCGAGAUGCUGGAGGACAACCAAGUGCAGCUGCAGAACCUGAUGACCUCCAAGCACCUGACCUUCUUCCUUCAGGAGGUGUCGGGCUGGCAGCAGAAGCUGUCGACCGCCGACUCCGUUAUCAGCAUCUGGUUUGAGGUGCAGAGGACAUGGAGUCACCUGGAAAGCAUCUUCAUCGGCUCUGAAGACAUCCGCAGCCAACUGCCAGAGGACUCGAAGCAUUUUGACGCUAUCGAUCGAGAUUUCAGAAAACUAAUGGCCGAUGCGGUAAAAACUCCCAAUGUGAUCGAAGCCACAAACAAGGCUGGUCUCUACGGCAAGCUGGAAGGGUUGCAGAAAAGAUUGGCACUCUGCGAGAAGGCUUUGGCUGAAUACCUCGAGACCAAGAGACUGGCGUUUCCCAGGUUCUACUUCGUGUCCUCUGCAGACCUGCUCGAUAUUCUGUCUAACGGGAACGAGCCAGCUGAGGUGUCCCGGCACCUGCCGAAGCUGUUCGACAGCCUGGCCAAGCUGCGCUUCAAGGUGGGUCUGGACAAACAGCCGCUGAAGGUCGCUCUGACGUGCUCCCAGAUCUGGUGGACCACAGAAGUCGGCAUUGCCUUCUCCAGGCUGGAGGAAGGCUACGAGAACGCAAUGAAGGAUUACAACAAGAAGCAGGUAACUCAGCUAAACGCACUGAUUUCCCUGCUCGUGGGAAAUCUGACUGCAGGAGACAGGAUGAAGAUCAUGACACUCUGUACCAUCGACGUCCACGCCCGGGACGUCGUGGCCAAAAUGAUCCUCGCGAAGGUGGAGAGCGCCCAGGAGUUCACCUGGCAGUGCCAGCUCCGGCACCGCUGGGACGAGGGCAGGAGACACUGCUACGCCAACAUCUGCGACGCUCAGCUCCGCUACGCCUACGAGUACCUGGGGAACACCCCCAUCACCCCACUGACGGAUCGGUGCUACAUCACCCUGACGCAGUCCCUCCACCUCUUCAUGGGGGGGGCCCCCGCCGGCCCUGCAGGCACCGGGAAGACAGAGACCACCAAGGACCUGGGCCGGGCAGUGGGCAUGAUGGUCUAUGUCUUCAACUGCUCUGAGCAGAUGGACUACAAGGUGAAGUGUGUUCAGGACGCAGUCCGUACCAAGAAGAAAAGAUUCCAUUUCCUUGGGGAAACGAUCGCCCUGGUGCCGUCGGUCGGGCUGUUCAUCACCAUGAACCCUGGCUACGCGGGACGGACGGAACUGCCCGAGAAUUUGAAAGCCCUGUUCAGGCCCUGCGCCAUGGUGGUCCCCGAUUUCGAACUGAUCUGUGAAAUCAUGCUCGUUGCAGAAGGUUUUAUCGACGCCAAGCUUCUGGCGAGGAAGUUCAUUACUUUGUACACACUCUGCAAGGAGCUACUGUCUAAACAGGACCACUACGACUGGGGUCUGCGGGCUAUCAAGUCCGUGCUGGUGGUCGCGGGCUCCCUGAAGAGAGGGGACCCCGGCCGCGCUGAGGACCAAGUUCUGAUGAGAGCUUUACGAGACUUCAACAUCCCCAAGAUCGUGACAGACGACUUGCCUGUCUUCAUGGGGCUGAUCGGAGACCUGUUCCCAGCCCUGGACGUCCCCAGGAAGAGGGACCUGAGCUUCGAGAAGGUGAUUAGGCAGUCGGUGCUGGAGCUGCAGCUGCAGGCGGAGGAGAGCUUCGUGCUGAAGGUGGUGCAGCUGGAGGAGCUGUUACAAGUGAGACACUCCGUCUUUGUCAUCGGCAACGCCGGCUGCGGCAAGUCCCAGGUACCGGCCAAACCGUCCCCGAGAUAG